AUGGGGGGGCCACUCUGGGUUUCCCACCAUACCUCUGAAGCAGCGUUCAAAAGAAGGAGCUUCCUCGCAGUGCUGCCUCUGGCUUUAUUGUUGCCAACAGUGAGAGUCAGUGCACAGUUUAUUGGGAGCCCUCUGGACUGCCACAAGACCUGUGUGUGCGCCAGUAACAUCAUCAGCUGUUCUAAGAUGAAUCUAACCAGUGUUCCCACCGCUCUUCCAAAAUAUACGGCUGUUCUGGACCUCAGCUUCAACUUCAUCACCAGGCUACGUGCAGAGUGGACGCCCGUCAAACUCAGCAGACUGCACAGUCUGCUGCUCAGCCACAACGGCCUCAACUUCCUGUCCUCUGAGGCGUUUGUGUAUGUGACGAGGAUUCGUUACCUGGACCUUUCCUCUAACAGGCUCCGCCAGCUGGACGAGUACAUUUUCGAGCCGCUGGAGCACCUGGAGGUGCUGCUGCUUUACAACAACUGCAUCUCCCAGAUAGAUCGCUCCGCCUUCUCCGGGCUCGUCAGCCUGCAGAGGCUCUACCUGAGCCAGAACCAGAUCUCACGCUUCCCCUUGGAGCUGGUGAAGGAGCGGAGCCGGCUGGAAACUCUUAGGCUGCUGGAUGUGUCCUCCAACCGAAUCAAAGCGCUGCCCCUCCAUGAGCUUCAGGCUCUGCCCGCCUGGAUCAAAAAUGGCCUGUACUUCCACAACAACUCCCUGCCCUGCAGCUGUGAGAUGUACGACAUGGUGGCGCGCUGGCACCUCAAGGAGCUCAGCUCUGUCACUGACUUCAAGCUCAACCAUACCUGUGUGCUACCUGGCCCACAGAAAAACAAAAUAGCCAUACUGGAUCUGGACAAGGUCUAUUUGAACUGCAGCGAGGUCAGAAUUAUGGAUGAGGAAGCCUAUCUGGAGCAGUUCCUGGUCCUGGACUGUGACACCAGGCAGAAGGACAUGAAGAAGAGCUGGGCGCUGCCUGGAGACAUCCCCUUGUCCCCAGCAUACAAGACUGCAGUGAUGCGCCCUGACGGCAGCCUCCAGAUCGGGCCCCUGAAGGUCGAGGACUCAGGGGUCUACAGCUGCUACGCCACCAGCGACUCCUUCAAUGAGACGCUGUAUGUGACUGUAGUGGUGUUUAAUUCCACCAUGAGCGGUGGACUGGAGAAUCUAAAAACGGCCUACACCACCCUCGUAGCGUGCCUGGUCAGUGUAGUGAUGGUUCUCAUCUACCUCUACCUCACACCGUGCCGCUGCGCCUGUUGUCCCGGUCAGGGCCUGGAGAAGAACGACCCCGGAGACAGCCUCCACUCUUCAACUGUCAGCAUCUCACAUGAUGAGGCAGGGCUGGAAAGAGUGGACGGCGGAGGCUUCCCUUACAGACACGUGGGCUUCCUGGAACCCAAGGACCAGCUGGAGCAGAACGGGCGGUUGAACCCGAUAGGCGAAGAAGACGAAGAGUGGCAGGGGGACAGCAGGGAGAGAAGGAGGUCUGAUGCAGCGUCUGUCAGCUCUGUGUGCUCCGAUACCCCCAUGGUGGUGUAA